AUGUCGGCCGGCGACUUAGGUCUCGAAGCUUCGGAUGUUGAAACGAAUCUCAGCAACGUGCUUGAGAUGGCGACGAAAUGGAACGCGGUCCUCCUCCUGGACGAAGCCGAUGUGUUUCUCGAACAGCGCUCCGCGCACGAUCUUGAGCGCAAUAAACUCGUGUCUAUCUUCCUGCGCAUCCUGGAGUACUAUGAGGGAAUACUGUUUCUCACUACGAAUCGCGUUGAUAAUAUUGACGCUGCGUUUCAGAGCCGUAUUCAUCUCGAGGAGAGUUAUUUGGGAGAAUUUCACGGGGGGAAGAAGGGCUGGCGGUUCGAGGAUAGUGAUUUGGAGAGGUUGGCGGGCUACGAGUUGAAUGGGAGGGAAAUCAAGAAUGUGUUGAAGACGGCGCAGCUGUUGGCUAGUAAGAAAGGGGAGGAGCUUGGGGCGGGGCAUGUGGAGGCUGUGCUGGCUAUUGAACAGAGGAAGGUUGGUGGUGGGAAGGGAGAGAAAUGA